AUGAUAAUUAAAAAGUUCUCUGAGACAAAGCACCUUCUUCACCACAGGUCCUUAUGCACAGACUUCAUUCUGCAUCUGCAUCUGAAUGUGCAUCCACCCUCGAAGAAGCAUUACAGUACCAACUUGAUUUCUCCCGUAUGGCGCUGUUUAAGAAUCCCCGGGAGCAGUAACAGAGGUAGGCCUAUCCACACGCAGAGUAAGCUGAGUUCACAAAAUGGAUCUGUACCCAACAUAUUCGAAGAAGAAUUGAAUAAUGUGUUUAAUGAGUACCCACUAUCUACUCAAAGGAAGAGACCGAUUGGUGAUGAGGAAAUAAUUAUAACGGAUGAGGAGAGGGAUGAACUAAAGAAAAUUGGAAAUGUCGUCAAGCUAGAUCAGUCCUCCUACGGAGUGGUGCUCCAAAUUAAUAAGAACAACGUAAUUUUGGGUAGGGUGAAGAAUGACAGUUUGGUGGAUACAGAAGCAGAGGUAGAGGAGGAUGCCACGGAACAUGUAUUCAAACAGAAGGCCGAAACAAAUGUGUACACCCCUUACGAGUACCUUAAUUACCUCUUAUCAAAGGAUCCAAUCAAUCAGCUAAACAUAUUUACGGAUAGGGUGAAGGAGACCUACCAUCGGAAGGUAGCCGUAAAGCAGCUGAACACCAAUUUAUUAUUUAUAGAUCUAUUUAAUAAGGUAAAUUACGGACAAAAGGUCUGUAUCUCUGGGGAAAAGGAUGCAGGAAGGAGAGAAGUUAUCCAAUCUAUUCUGUAUGAGAAUUUAUUGACCAACUUGAUUCACAAGAAUGAGCAUUUUUUUAUCAUUUGUUCGAAUGGUGCCAAGUCGGAGACUCUUGAUCUGUUCCGUGACCUGCACAAAUGGUUAGCCUUCGCUUGUUCAGGGGAAGGGAAAACCCAUUUAUCGGGCAGUCUGUCGGGUAGUUUGCCAGACCAAUUUGAGGACGAUUUUCCAGAUACCCUUCCGUAUGCGCACAAACUGUAUUCCAAGAACUAUUCGCUUGACGGUGUCAAGGUACCGAACGACGUGUUGUUGAUAUGCACUCCUCCCCAAGGUGGGUCCAAGGUGGCCACAUACAUCUCGCCACUCCUCCCCCUCUAUAAUUUGGAGGAGUACAAAAGGAAGUACAAAAAUAUCGUACUCAUAUUUUAUGAUGUGGCCACGUAUAGUGAAGUUUGUUCUGAACUGCAAAAGGAGAUGAAUAUCUUUGUGAGGAAUUACGGGAAACAAAUAGGGGAGGCCUUCGGGGGAAGGUCCGCCAGGGGUGUAACGAUAAUCCCAGGAGAAGCACUACCCCCACCGACAACUCUGCCACUCUCUGUGCAUACCAUCCUUUCUAAAUACAUGGCAAUGUCUAAGUAUCCUCACUUUGUGGAAGAAAUAAUGGGGGAAAACACCCCAGCGGAAGAGUCCAUAAAAAGUGAGAACACAAAUAAUGUAAGUGAGGAGAAAACUCCCAAGGAGAGCCACAUGAGUAGGGCAAAACAUGUUCCGAGUUGUAAAUACGGUGAUGCUGUGCUACAGAUGGAGGAUAAAGCAGUACGAAAUGAAAGCCAAAUAACUGACAGUGUAACAACUUUUUGCUUCUUCACCGAAAGUAAGCAAAGUAAGGAAAGUAACCCCGCCACGGAGUAUACAUUAUCAUUAAGCGAAAACAACAUACACAUGUUGAAAAACCAUUUAAAUAUCCAUCCAGACUUCAACAUAAGUCAAGCAAUUAAAAAGAUCACCAAGGAUGAAAAUAAAAUAUGGGAAAUUAUAAAAGACGAAAUAAAAAAAAUAUAUGAACGAAAAAAUGAACUUACAGCAUUAAAUGAAAAUAAAAAAAAUUACAAAAUUUUUAUUGACCAUUGGGAAGAAGAAGAUCUUAUACAUUAUAAUAAUAUUUAUUACAUUUUGACAUGUGCAAAUUAUUAUAUGUCCACUUUCUGUUCCUUUCAGAUGAUUGUUUUUUUACAAAUAUUGUUACGAUAUAAUUUUACUAACACGACAAUAUCAAGGAAAAGUGUGCAUUCUUUUUUUUUGCAAUUUUUGCAUUUUUAUUUGUCCAAUGAAAAGUACUUGUCCCUCCUUCGGGAUGCGUAUUAUCAGCAGCUUCGUUCAUUUAGUGACCUGGAAAAUGCUCGAGCUUUUAUGCGCAAAAUGGACUUCGUUUUACGUUGCUUGCGCCCUCCCUUCCGUUACGUUACGUAG